AUGCUGUGCUCCGUCUGCUCCUCCGUCAUUCGAGAUCGGCUUGUGCUCGAUCCGUCCCUCCCCGUCUGCUGCUCUUCGUGUGCCGUCAAGGCUUGUGUCUCGUGUCCUCCCGGCGCAAAGCGCGUGCCGUACAAGAACUCCGCGGGCCACCACUGCAUCACGCUCCUGAACUCCACCACGAGCACGUGUCGUGAGAGAGCCUCGGUAAGUAAAAUUCUUUCUCCCAUGCAAUCGUCGUCGGUCGUUGGCCGGUCGUCCGUUGCCCCUCGUGAAAGCGCUGACAACCGCGACGUUCCUCUCUCGGACUCGAUCCGCGGCGCGCCGCGAAAACUGCCGACGAUGGAGACCGAAAAGCAGGAGUCCAUGUGCGGGAGCUCAAUGUCCCACGACAUAGCGUUUUUCUGCCACCUCGUGAGCACGGUCCUUUCUCUCUUCGGGAUAUUUCAAUUCUCGACGUUGUCGUACGUCUCGGACCCGAACAGACAAGAAAAAGAGAUCAUGCAGAAGGUGUGCAUGUUCCUCUUCUUUCUCUCUCCGGUGCUCGCAUUGGUCGUCUUCUGCAACAGGAGAAGCCCGACGACCCUCUCCAAGGCUGCAACUGCCCUCGCGUUUGUGUUCCUCGGCGCGAUUGUCGUUUACACCGUCGCUCGCGUUGGCCCGUACAACAUAUGGUGGGGUGGCUACUGCUACGUCCUGCACGUAAACGACAAUCGCUGUUACAACUUUGAUCGCUGCGGGUCAACUACUUGCUGA